AUGGCAGACUUAGCCUUUUUACCCAAGUUUUUCUCGUGUCGGUCAAUAUGGUUCAAACCUCCAUGGGUGGGAAUAUUGUUAUCAAUAGUCGUUGCAUUGGGUGUUUCUUAUAUGAGUUACAUAGAUAUCAUAUCUUCUGCAGAUUUCUUGUAUAGUUUGGGUAUGCUAUUGGAAUUUGCAUCUUUUCUUUGGCUGAGAAGAAAAUUCCCCACAAUGAAAAGGCCUUACAGGGUGCCAUUGAAGCAGCCAACCGUGGUGCUUAUGUGCUUAAUUCCGACUGCAUUUUUGGUGGUUAUAAUGGCUAUAGCAACCAGCAAACUCUUUCACAACGAAAUGCCCGUGGAAACUGACGACAAAGAUGAGUGGUGGUGGAUGUGGAAGAAGGCAGCCACGGGUUUUAACGUCUCUCCGCCUCAAUCAGAAUUAGCACAGGGAAGAAACAACGCAAAAAUGGUGAAGGGUCGCCAAGGAGAACGCGUCAGACUUUACGUGAGAGGAACAAUCCUGGGAUACAAGAGGUCGAAAUCUAAUCAGUAUCCAAACACGUCCUUAAUCCAGAUCGAGGGAGUGAACAGCAAGGAAGAGGUGGCGUGGUACCAGGUGGCGUCGUCAGGGCUAAGUUCAAGUCCAACCUCCCACCGAAGUCCAUGGGCGCCCGCGUUCGCGUCUUCAUGUACCCUAGCAACAUUUGAAGUGCGUUCUGAAAUUGCUUAA